CCUGAGGCUCCGAAUAAAGACAUGACUGUGUUUCUUUCAGGUAAUGUUCACAUGUACAGUAACGGACGGAUGCGCUUUAAUCAGAAUCACGGCGAGAGAGGAGAACACAGAGGGGGAGGUCAGGGAGGUCUUGCUCUUCUCAUGCAGUUGAUGCCCAUCCUCAUCCUCGUCAUCGUAUCAGCGCUCAGUCAGAUGAUGGUGACCAACCCACCCUACAGCCUCAGCUUCAGACCGUCAGCGGGUCACACACACAAGCGCGUGACGGAGAAUCUGGGCGUGACGUAUUACGUGAACGAGCGUUUCUCUCAGGACUUCAGCAGCGCGAGUCUGAAACGUGUGGAGAGCAGCGUGGAGGACGACUACAUCUCCAACCUCAGGAACAACUGCUGGAAAGAGAAACAACAGAAGGAGGGUCUGCUGUACCGUGCGCGGUAUUUCGGGGACAGUGAUCUGUACCAGCGGGCUCAGCGGAUGGGAACCCCGAGCUGCUCUCGGCUGUCUGAGGUUCAGGCGUCUUUACACGGAUAGAUGAAGAUCUGGUUCCAAAAACAAUCUCUCCAAUCUGGAAUAUGGAAGAACGCCAUACGGAUUGUAAAUACAUUUGUUCGAAAAACAGGGCUGAGCAUUGCAGCAACUACUGAACUUGACUAGAAAGAUUUAUUGAGGGCUGAAACUGUGUGUGUGUGUGUCUGUCUCUCUCUGUGUGUGUGUGUGUGUCUGUCUGU